AAAUAAACAAAUGUGUCCAAAAAUGACUUUUAGCAAGCGGAGGCAGUUUUGCUAACAGUCAAGGACUCUUGACAGUGCAACAGCUAUCGACUGAAAAAAGAGAAGAUUCGAUUUAAAAACUCAAAUUGGACAAAAAUGUCUGACCAAAGUGGUUUAAACUCCAAACUGACUGAAGAAGCGGCACCUUUACCUGCUGGUCCUACUACAGAACCUCAAACAGCUGGAAGUGAAAAGACACACGAGAGCGACAGCAUUGAGGACAGAAAGACAUCUAAAGAUGAGGAAUUAAAAGAGGAGGAGGAGAAGGAGAAGGAAGAUCAAGAGAAGGAGGAGGAGAGGGAUGAUCAAGACAAGGAGGAGGAAGAGAAAGUGAGUGGCCCUUCUCUACAGGAGCCGAGCACUCUGCCGUGGCCAGGAGACAAAGACAGAAGGCCGCAGAUGGACAACAAAGAUGAAAUCCACUCAGAAAAAGCCGUUUUGGAGCCUGAAGAGAGGGACACAGGGAUCAGUGAAGGAAGCCAGGAGCUGUCCGAGGAGCAGAGCCAGACAGAGAGCGACAGUAAGGGCAAAGCCAAAUGGAGGGAAAGCAUGCCUGAAGGCGAGAGGUGGAGGGACGAUGAGAUCGACGUGCAGCGGAAUAACAAAGGGGACGGUUCACUGGCAGAUGAUGAAGAGGAGGAGGAAGACGAACAAGAAGAGUCACAUUGGAUCUCCGAGAAACCUGCUCUGGGUUUUACUCCACAAGUCAGGAUUGUGCGUCCGUCUAGCAAAGAGCUUCCUGAGGAGAGCAUGGUGUUUAUAGAGAGGGACAUAGAGAAGGAGCCGCAGGUGGAGCCUGAAUCAGAAAUGCAGAUGUAUGACAACUGGAAUGAACAGGACGACAAAUACUACUUGUGUGAACAUGUGUGCAGUGAAAACGCGAGGCUGGCUCUGGGGCUGGUAGCUGCAGGGCUCCUUUUUCCUCUCCUGGUGUGGGUAGGUUACACCUUCCUCCCCUUUGACUCCCCACUGCUGGUGAGCGCCCCCCUCAGGGUGGUGUACACAUUACGCUGCUCCUUCUUCGCCAUCAUCCCCAUCCUGCUCGGUGUGGUGGUGCAGGGCGUGGCCAGGCUGCGCUACAGUGCUCUGAAGCCCCUCUAUCAGAGCCCACUGGUGAACAGAGAGGUGGCAGUGCACUGGCACUUCGUCCAUGAAUCGCUGGCCCUCUUCCUCUUCUACUUCCUGCAGCUUGCCGUUAUGGCAACCUACAUCAGCCAGGACCUGGUCAAGCUGGUGCCGCUGCUUACCAUCAUAUUUGUUUUCGGCAGGCUGAUCUACUGGCUCUGCCUCGCUCUGGACAGCAGCAUCAGGGGCUUCGGCUUCGGCUUCUCCUUCUUCCCCAUACUGGUCAUGCUGGGCAUCAACCUCUACUACGUCUGCGCGUCAGUCGGACAAGGGGCGGUUUUUGACGUGGGACCUUCCGCGACCGCUCCUCCUCCCAGGGUGCGCUGGUGGAAUUGAAUGGUGAGGAGAGACAAAACGGCUGUAAUCACCUUUUUUUAAAUAUCACAAUGAAACACAACACUAAGACAUCUCGGCUCAGUUUUUUGGAGUCAUCUUCACAAGUAUUCGAUCUUCGGUCCCUGGUUCAGGAAGAAAUGAUGACAAGCAGCCGGUUGUGAGCACUUUAGGAGCACAACUCUCAUUCUCUGUAUUAAAAAAUGCACAAUAUUCACACGAGAGGUGAGCAAAGAAAUUAAAAAAGUUUACAUACACUAAAUUAAAACUUUACCGAGAGAUGAGGCCUGAAACAUGAGCUCUUUUUACAAUGUGUGUUUACCCAUUUUGUACCAUAUGUCUUCCAUUACAAACAUUUAAAGUCUUUACCUUCUUAUUAGUGAGCCAAAUGAAUCCAGUUUUGAGAGUUUCAGUUUGAGUGUCGGAUGUGUUGCAGCAAAACACAGGAAUGGAAAAAUUAAGAACGAAACUGUCAGUGAAAAGCACAGAAUCAAAGAUCUAGAUACUGAAUGUACAUAGAAGAUACAAUAUUAAGCAUAAUAUUGUAGAAGCACCUUUACUGUAAUGUUUUAGCAGGAGUA